CCUGGCGUGGGUGUGGGGGCGUCUUAACUGGUCUAGUGUCGCUUCCCCACCGCGCCCCUGAAAGUGAGCGGGGUUGCACGUCCCCGAAGCGCCCAGGAGGGCGGGCGCACCAGCUUCUUCUCCGCUGGGUAGUAGGGCAGAGCUUCGCCCGUGCCCGCCUGCCGGCCGGUCUCCUUUGGCGGCCGAGCCAAACCCUGCUCUGCGCCUGGGAAUCUGGGGGCCCCGGGUCAGAGGUGCUCCUCUGAUCACUUCGGAGCCCAAGAGAAGCCUGGUCACGGAAAGCGCCAAAGCCCCGGGCUGGGCUAGUAACCUUUGUCUCCCAGGGGGCUUGAACAGACUGGGAUUUACCGCUCUGGUCAAAGAUUGAGAUUUAUAAAGCUGAAAGGGAUUGUAGGAGGGAUAAUCCAAUACAAAUACCCUAUGAGGAAACGGGCCCGGAGACGUUAAAUCUCCAAUUAAGGGAAUUCCCCCCUGUAAUGUAAUUUCACUUCCAUCCCUUCUUUAAUUUUCUCUUUUUAUUCUUUAAAUUCUUUAAAAAGAAUGCUUUUCCUUUUAAAAUAUUCUUUCAUUCAUGAUUAUUUCUUAUUUUUUAAGAGUUUCCUUAUCUUCAGCGAAUUGAUGUUCAUUAGUUAAUGUUUAAAUUUCUUCAGUAUUUGUAUCACUACUCAUAAAUGAAUGAAUCAGCAGAAACAUUGUAACUGCCUAGAGUGGAACUUCAGCGCUCUUCAGGCGUAGAAUGGCAACUCCCUGGGACACUGAGACUGCAGAAGACCACGAGAGAAUUUUGAAAGUGAAAAUUGAGCAUGAGGGUUACAAUUUCAGGCAAGAUUCCACCCUGCCAAAGAAGCAUCUCAAUCCCAGGGAGUGUUUCCGGCAGUGCUUCCGGCAGUUUUGCUACCAAGAGACCUCUGGGCCUCGAGAGGCUCUGAGCAGACUCCGGGAGCUCUGCCACCAAUGGCUCAGACCAGAGAUACACACGAAGGAACAGAUCUUGGAGCUUCUGGUAUUGGAGCAAUUUCUAACCAUCCUGCCUGAGGAACUUCAGACCUGGGUGCGGAAACAUCAUCCACAGAGUGGAGAGGAGGCAGUAACUGUGCUGGAGGAUUUGGAGAGAGAGCUUGAUGAACCAGAACAGCAGUUCCUUCAAUUGAUGCACAUAAGUCAUGAAUUUGAGGCCCUUGGCCAUUCUGGCUUUCUUCCUCUGGAUGUUCUUCAACAAGACUCAGCAUGUACACAAGGACAGGAAAUGUCUUUGAGGGAGGUGGCAUCUGUAGAAAAAACACAACCUUUGAGUGUCUCUCUCUGGCCGGUGGCAGCCCUGUUCAAGUGUGAAUCACCAGACCCCCAAUCCCUACAUGAGAGAGUUUCAGAUGACGAGACCAGAAGUGACCAUGGAAAGUUGACUUCAAAGCUGGAAAACCUUGAAGAAAUGGAAACAAGCAGAGAAAUAUCUGGCACACUUACUAAAGGAAUUCCCACAGGUCCUGAGUGUGAAGAAACCUAUGAACAGCAGGAGGGAAAGUUAGAAGAUGCUUGCGGAUAUCCUCCAGGGGAUAAGCAGUAGUCUAAGUGUGAUGAAAAUGGAAUACACUUCACUAAGAGCCCAAGUGUUAUUGAAAAUAAGAGAAUGUGUUCUGGGGAGAAACCUUAUGAGUGUGAUGAGUGUGGGAAAACCUUUAGUCAGAACUCUCGGCUUAUUGAACAUCAAAGAAUCCAUACUGGAGACAGACCCUACAAAUGUGAAGAAUGUGGAAAAGCUUUUCGUGGGAGAACCGUACUUAUUCGACAUAAAAUAAUCCAUACUGGGGAGAAACCCUAUAAAUGUAAUGAGUGUGGGAAAGCUUUUGGUCGGUGGUCAGCCCUUAAUCAACAUCAGAGACUUCAUACUGGAGAGAAACAUUAUCACUGUAAUGAAUGUGGGAAAGCCUUCAGUCAGAAAGCAGGUCUUUUUCAUCACCUCAAAAUCCACACUAGAGACAAGCCCCAUCAGUGCAGUCAGUGUAAUAAAAGUUUUAGUCGCCGUUCAAUCCUUGUUCAACAUCAGGGAGUUCAUACAGGGGAGAAACCCUAUGAGUGCAGUGAGUGUGGAAAAGCCUUUGUUUACAAUUCAUCCCUUGUUUCACAUCAAGAAAUCCACCACAAAGAAAAAUGCUAUCAAUGUAGUGAAUGCGGGAAAGCCUUUAGUCAAAGUGGCCUUAUUCAACAUCAAAGAACCCACACUGGGGAGAAACCCUAUAAAUGUGACGUGUGUGGGAAAGCGUUCAUUCAAAGGACAAGCCUUAUAGAGCAUCAGCGAAUUCACACUGGAGAGAGACCCUAUAAAUGUGAUCAGUGUGGGAAAGCUUUCACUCAAAGAUCAGUCCUUACUGAACAUCAAAGAAUCCACACUGGAGAAAGACCUUACAAAUGUGAUGAGUGUGGGAAUGCUUUCCGUGGCAUCACUAGUCUUAUUCAACACCAGAGAACACAUACUGGGGAGAAGCCCUAUCAAUGUGAUGAGUGUGGGAAAGCCUUCCGACAGAGGUCAGACCUUAGUAAACAUCAGAGAAUCCACAUUAGAAGUAGCUCAUAUAAAUGCAAUGAAUGUGGAAAGACUUUCAGUCAUAACUCAACUCUUACUCAACAUCAGUCUGUCCACAAUGUAGAAAAAUCUGUCUCUUUGUAAUGGCUGUAGGAAAAUUUCAUCAAAGUUUAGCAUUAGGGUAGCUACAUUGGAGUGGUUCCCAAAACGUAUUGGGAUAAAGCUUCACUCACCAUUCCUACAAACAAUAAAUAUUUAAUAAUAGGUGCUUAGUGGAUCAAGAAGUAUGAGAUAUAGUCCCUUGUCCUUGAUGAUCUUACGGUCUCUUUGAAAAGAUAAAACACACACCUGAAACAAUAUAAGAGUUUCAAAGUUUUAAUUGCAUGAGUAGGAAAAAUAAAUGCAACUGGAAUUCAGAAGAUGGAAAGAACAUUGUGGUUGGAAGUGUUAGGAGUGGCUUCCUAGGGGAGGUGGGGCUUGAGCUGGAUUUUAAAAGUUGAAUAAGGUUUUAGAUGGAUGAAACUGAAGGGAGAACUACUAUGCACAGGGGAAAUUACAUGAGCUAAAUUGAAGAAACAGGAUGCACACAAGGUGUUUGGGGACAGCAAGUAUGCCAGUCUAACAAGCAGAAGCAAAGAUUUGCCUUGGGCUGUCACUUCCCUGGGAUUAGAUUUAAUUAUAACGGCAUGGAAUAGGCCUUUUUGAAGUAAUGACUCUCCACAUAAGUGGUGUGUGGACUAGACUAAUACAGUCACUAGGCUAGAUUCUCUCAUGCUACCAUUUUUGAUGGCACCCUACUGAAUACAGCAUAACAUCCAAAUUCCUUUGCCUGACAUUGAAGGCUCUCUGCAACCUUACUCUAACCUAACAUUAGUUAAUUCUAACCCGGGGGAAAUUGUAGCCCAACGUGUAUCUCUUGAGUAAAUGUCCUGUGGAGGUGGCGAGGGAAAGACAUUACAGUUAUCCCUUCCACAUCUCGGCUUUCCCCAUCAUGAUUUCAAUAUAUCGUGGGUCGGCAUAAGAAAUGGGAAUUUUUUGUGGAAGCCAUAGAUGACAUGUGAAGGCCAGCACAGAAAAGUUUAGA